GGCCCGUCCCUCUCCUAAACCCUUGAGGGGGUGGAAGGGGGGGCUUUCUCCUCUUCACAGCACCCCUGCAGGGUCAGGGAGGUGUUCCCCUCCUCCACGCCCCUCCCGCCUCUGGCUGUUCCUGGGGACUCCCUGGAGGCCCCUGGGCAUGCAUGUUUCAGGGGUGGGGUGGGGGCAGAAUGGCCCCCACUGUGUGCCUCAUUUGACUGGAUUCAUUUUUCCACAGCUGGAGCCAGAGCGAGACGCCUUCAAUGACGGAGGGGGCAGCCCGGGGCCCAAUGCCGGGGCCUUGGAGACCCUGGAGAAGGAAUGGCUGCAGGGGGCAGCCAGCGGCCACCUGGCCACCCUGAAAGACCUGCUUCAGCAGGAUCCAACCCUUGCCACCAGGAAGGACUUCAUCUCCGGGUUUACAGCCUUGCACUGGGCAGCCAAACACGGCCGGGAAGAGCUGGUGGUGCUCCUGCUGGAGGCCGGAGCCGACGUGAAUGUGCGCGCACAUGGCGGCUACACCCCCCUCCACGUCGCUGCUCUCCACGGCCACCAGCAUCUGAUGGAGCUGCUCAUCGGGACCUUUGGUGCCGGGCAGAACAUCCGGGAUUACAGCGGGCACCUGGCCAUGCACUACUUGCGCACCGAGGCCUCGGACAGAGCCCCCGCUACGCCCCAGCUGGGCCCAACCCGUGGGGAGCGGACCCGAAACCGGAAGCGGGCCUGCCUCCUCCUGCCCAAGAACAGCAGCGGCCGGCCUCGGAGACCCUGGGGCUCGGCCAGCGACCUGGCGGAGGAGAAGCCGGAUCAGGAGGGCUGGCGGGAGGGGGGGCUGCCACAGCAGCAGCAGCAGCAGCAGCAGCCCCCGGAGCAGGGGAAGGCCCCCGGCCACCUGAGCCUGCCCCCCUCCUACCGUCCAGUGCGCAAGUUCUCCCGCUAACCCGUCAGCCGCCCUUGGCCUCACGUGGGCGUUCGACCUGCUCUCUUUUGGAGCGUUGGCGGGAGGUGGGGAGGGGACUCGGCUUCA